AUGGAAUUGCAUCAGGUACUUGAACGACUAGAAGGGGCUCACACACAGAUUGAACGCGUUGGUGAAAUUUGCGGGGCCUCGUCUAUAUCAUAUGGAGUUCUACAUUACGGUGAUAUUAUCUAUACGAAAAGCGUGGGACUGAGAGACCAAGCGCAGCGUCUGCCGGCGGAUUCACAAACUAUUUAUCCACUUGCGUCUGUAUCGAAGGGCUUUCUAGCAGCUGCUGUGGGAAUCCUGGUCGAUGAAGGCAAGCUUGAUUGGCAUGUACCUAUCCGCACGUAUCUACCGCAGUUCAAUCCCGUUAAUGAUCGAGAUUUGGGACACUAUGCCAACGUCAUUGAUCUGCUGAGCCAUGCUACCGGCCUAGCACAGCAUGACCUGCUCCAUAUUGGGCCACUUGGGUCAAUAAUCAGCGACUCGUCUAAGCUAAUUCAGUUGCUGAAUGCAUUGCCGACAUCCAACAGCCAUGGGUCAAGGUUUCGCCGGUGGUGGCUCUACAACAAUCAUGUCUCAGCACUGGCGAGUCAAGUGCUUGAGAGUGUCUCAGACAGAACGCCCUACCCAGAAUUUCUGGAGCAACGCAUCCUACAUCCUUUACGCAUGUUCCGGACCUUCGUCUCCAUAACCAGAUUUUCCUCAGACUCAAACAUAGCCUUACCAUAUGCUCGCCUAUCCGAUGGUUCCUUCGCGAAACUGCCAUUCCCCGAACAUCUCCAAGAGACAACCCACAUUCUUGCAAGUCAGGGGGUUACCAGCUGCGUCCAAGACCUACUGAUCUGGGCUAAAGCGAUAUUGGACCGUGAAUCGUGGGAGCGGCUCCAUGCUAACGAGAAGUCUGACCAGCCUUUUUUUCCACAUAACCCACUGCGCCAAGUAGCAACCAUCCGCCAUGGCCACUACCCACACCCUUUCGAUGACGCUCUAGGCCAUCCGACCUAUUACUGCCUGGGCUGGUUGAGCCUCACUCUCCCAUCCGCAAACCUUGGUAUGAUUAGCUUCAACAAAGAAACGCGCCGCUCGGGCGACCAUCUUGGCUAUAUACUAGGGAAGGAUUCGCCACCGCUCAGAGUCAUACUGCACAAUGGUAAAGCUCCUGGCUACAAUUCCGCCAUAUACACGUUUCCUGAGACAUCUAGUGCAGUCAUCGUGCUUGCCAGUGGAGCUACCGAUGGUGAUCCUGCUGACUGGUGCGCACGGAUCCUGACGCAGGAGCUAUUCGACCUGCAACCUCGGGUGGAUAUAGUAGGUUUGGCUGAAAAGGAAGCCAUGCUUAGUCGGCGUUGGUUUGAUGAUUAUAUCCUGCGCCCAUUAAGGGAAGAUUCACAAAGAGGGGAAGAAGAUAGCAGCGCUGGUUGCUGCAGUCUUGAAGCAUACGAAGGCCGUUAUCGCAAUGUCCAUCUCCUGACCACUCUCAAUAUUUGUCUCAACGACCCCAGUUCAGGUCUUACUGUCUCUUUCAAUCACCGAGACGAUAAAAAGUACCUUUUAAGGUUCCAUAAAGAGCACGAAUUCAGCUUCCUUCCCUCGGACCGAGAUUCUUGGCUCCGCGACUGUAUGUUGGAGGUAUUUGACUACCGCACUGGGAUAUUCAAGUUUACGCAUACAGAUGGUGGUGUUUCUGGGCUAUGGUGGAAGUGGAGUGCAUGGGAGGACGCUUCCCUAUUUACCAAGCUGACUACUACUUGAACAGGUAUCGCUGGCUUUAUUGCGAGGGUGCGCC